AUGUCCCGCUCCCAACAGACCCAAAACACCCCAAAGAGUCACAGAUACAUAGCGAUUCCAGUAGCUCCGCCAUCCUUUGCCGGAGAUCUAAACACCGAUGGAAAUCACAAGGGAGACCAAAAGACCCCCAACCUUUGCAGUAGACUCUCAUUCACCUGUCUAGUCCAAGAAGUUAUCAAGAUCGAUCUUCAAGGAAAGAAAGACACAACACAAGAAGGAAAAGGUAGAAGUCUACCGAGGCAACUAUGGAGAAGUAAGGAUCUUGAAAAGCAUAUUGCAGCAGAGGGAGGGAGAGAAGGAAUAAACAAACAAUGGAUGAUUGAUAUUGAGGAUUGA